GUGUGUGUUAGAACACAGGAAGUGGUAAAGUGGCACAGCUUUAACACACACCUCUGUUCUGUCAGUCAGUCAGUCAUCAGAGGGACAGGAUGGAGCUCAGUCCACUCUCUGUGAUGCUCUUGCUGAUUUCACUUAUACCAGUGGCCCAGGCUCAAGGGAGUCCUAAAGCUGUGGUGUCCAUAACGCCUGAUACACAUGUGUUCACUGGAGAGAGAAUUACUCUCAGAUGUGACAUACAGGGAGGAGGAGACACUCAGUGGACUUACAGCUGGAAGAAAAAUAAUAAUGAAGACAAGACAAUGCAGGUGUUCAUAAUCCAGUCUGUUAAAGUCUCUGACAGUGGUACCUACACCUGCAGUAUAAAGGGGAGAGACUCUCAGAGCUCAGAGACCAGUGAUGCUGUUAAACUGACUGUAUCAGCAAAACCCAAACCGACUGUGAGAGUGACUCCUCAGAGCUCCGUCUACACUGGAGACACCGUCACUCUGAGCUGUGAGCUGCAGCAGGGGACUGGAUGGGGGUUUCAGUGGUACAGAAAUAAUCAGUUACAGAAUCUGAACAGUGAACAAAAGAACACACUUAACGUGACAGUCGAUAAUGCAGGAGAAAGAGAGUACAAGUGUAUCGCAAUCAGGAGAAACUACAACACACAGUCCAGCUACUCCACAGAGUUCAGUGAUCCUGUCAAGAUUACAGUGAACGCAAGACCUAAACCAGUGGCAUCCAUAGAUCCUGAUAAUCAGGUGUUCAGUGGAGAGACCGUCACUCUGAGAUGUGACAUACAGGAUGAAAGUGUCUCUAUCUGGCAGUACAGCUGGUAUAAAGAUGCUUCACACAGUCCUGUCAGUAGUGGACAGGUGUACAGAAUCAGUGGUGUUGAAGUGACCCACACAGGUAAAUACACCUGUAGAGGAGCAGAGAGAGGAGGUUCACGCUCCUCACACUCCAGUGAUGCUGUUACACUGACUGUAUCAGCAAAACCCACACCGACUGUGAGAGUGAAUCCUCAGAGCUCCGUCUACACUGGAGACACCGUCACUCUGAGCUGUGAGCUGCAGCAGGAGACUGGAUGGGAGUUUCUCUGGUACAGAAAUAAUCAGUUACAGAAUCAGUACAGGGUACAAGAGAACACACUUAAAGUGACAGUCGAUAAUGCAGGAGAAACAGAGUACAAGUGUCGAGCAUUCAGGAGAAACUACUACACAGAGUUCAGUGAUCCUGUCAAGAUUACAGUGAGAGCAAGACCUAAACCAGUGGCAUCCAUAAAUCCUGAUAAUCAGGUGUUCAGUGGAGAGACCGUCACUCUGAGAUGUGACAUACAGGAUGAAAGUGUCUCUAUCUGGCAGUACAGCUGGUAUAAAGAUGCUUCACACAGUCCUGUCAGUAGUGGACAGGUGUACAGUAUCAGUGGUGUUGAAGUGACCCACACCGGUAAAUACACCUGUAGAGGAACAGAGAGAGGAGGUUCACGCUCCUCACACUCCAGUGAUGCUGUUACACUGACUGUAUCAGCAAAACCCAAACCGACUGUGAGAGUGACUCCUCAGAGCUCCGUCUACACUGGAGACACCGUCACUCUGAGCUGUGAGCUGCAGCAGGAGACUGGAUGGGAGUUUUACUGGCGCAAAAGUAAUCAGUUACAGAAUCUGAACAGGGAACAAGAGAACACACUUAAAGUGACAGUCGUUAAUGCAGGAGAAACAGAGUACCAGUGUUGGGCAUUCAGGGGAAACUAUUACACAAAGAUCAGUGAUCCUGUCAAGAUUACAGUGAGAGCAAGACCUAAACCAGUGGCAUCCAUAGAUCCUGAUAAUCAGGUGUUGAGUGGAGAGACCGUCACUCUGAGAUGUGACAUACAGGAUGAAAGUGUCUCUAGCUGGCAGUACAGCUGGUAUAAAGAUGCUUCACACAGUCCUGUCAGUAGUGGACAGGUGUACAGAAUCAGUGGUGUUGAAGUGACCCACACAGGUAAAUACACCUGUAGAGGAACAGAGAGAGGAGGUUCACGCUCCUCACACUCCAGUGAUGCUGUUACACUGACUGUAUCAGCAAAACCCACACCGACUGUGAGAGUGAAUCCUCAGAGCUCCGUCUACACUGGAGACACCGUCACUCUGAGCUGUGAGCUGCAGCAGGAGACUGGAUGGGAGUUUUACUGGUACAUAAAUAAUCUGUUACAGAAUCUGAACAGUGAACAAGAGAACACACUUAAAGUGACAGUCGAUUAUGCAGGAGAAACAGAGUACAAGUGUAUCGUAUACAGGGGAAACUAUUACACAAAGAUCAGUGAUCCUGUCAAUAUUAUAGUGAGAGUCUAA